UCUAAAUGUUUGUAAACAAACUUUGUGUUCCUCCGGACGAAUCAACCUCUUGCUCUUCAGUCUUCAGUGAGAUUUUUCAAUUUAAAUCUAAGAUCCAGCAAAGAUGGAUGGGGAUGCAAAGGUGCAUAACUUCCCACCAGUUUUAGAACUGAAUGUUGGAGGCGUUUACUACACCACAAGUCUUAGUACUCUUGUGAAGUCGCAGGAUCACAUGUUGUCUGCAAUGUUUAGUGGACGUCAUCUUGUUGCUAAAGAUAAAGAUGGGCGAUAUUUCAUUGAUGCAGAUGGAACUCUUUUCUCACACAUCUUGAGGUAUCUUCGCAGUGGGGACUUACCUUGCUCAAGCAUGGCACCGCAAGUUUACAAAGAAGCAAAAUAUUUUGGUUUGGAAGAGUUACAGCAACAUAUUGAGCAAAUGCCAGUUAUGAUGGGUAAGCAGGCUCGACUCCAGUUCCAGUCUCGUCUUGCAGGUUUUGAUGAGGCCAUAGAGCAAAUAUUAGCAACUGCUAAUAAGAAACAGUGCAUUGUUUCAGAUGAAAUCGUGUCUUUUGCUGUGAUUGCGAUCCAUAAAGAUUCUCAAUUAGUGAUGAACCCAGCCUUUGACAAUGAUCACAGAUGUUUUGUUAACUAUCCUCAAGAUUUGAACUCGGCUGAUGUGGUCAUUGGCCCUUGGGAGAGUGAUAUUGAAGAUGUCACUGACCGUGUAUAUCUGAGAGCAAUAGCCAGAGAGCUGGAGUCUAGAGGAUUCACAAUUACUUUCUCCAAGCAAGGCUCUUGCUCUUAUGGUAUCAGGAAUCCAGACAGGAUUGACUGUAAAAAAACAGUCUUUAAAUUCAUUUUCCACUGGCAUAAGUUUCAGUAAAAUGAAGGUGUGCAUGUGAAGUGUUUUUCCUUUGAAAAGCAUAUUUUACAGAAUUAUUCCUGUGUUCUUUAAAUGAAAUACAGAGAGCUUUAUUAUGCUAUAGUGUUUUCUGUUUUAUAAAAGUAUUUUUAAGUUAACAGGCAAAUAAAUCUAGUCAUAAGAUGAUUUUUUAAAAAUUUUGUUUAAAAUUUAGACUUUUAUUUAAAUGUUACGUGGGACCCAUGAACAAUGCAUUUUUGUUUGAUCGAACUGAAACGGGUGCUCAGAGAUUUAUAUUUAUUACAGAUCACCUCAUCUUAUGACUUUCAUAAUUCUUAUGAUAUUAUUACAAAUUUUAGGUGGAUAUAUAUAUAUAUAUUAUAUAUAUAUAUAUGUUCACUUUUGUUCCUUAGAAAAUGUGAAUUUACUACCAUUAAUCAUUCCGGUGGCGGAGCGGUUAGUGCGCUCGUCUCCAAAGUGGAAAUUCCGGGUUCGAGUCUCGGUUCGGACACAGAUUUUUUUCGCCUCCUCCUGCCCACCCAGCAGUAUGGGUACCUCCUGACUUU